UUCAUCAAUACAACCAAAUAAUUCAUUCUUCUAAAAUAUUUCAUCAUAAACAUAAACAUCGGUUAACAAGAAUUAGCCAUUUAUUAUAAUCAUAUGUACAGAACUUAUACUUCAAUAUUAUUAAAUCACUUAUAAUUCACUAAAUCUCAAUUUAGUUUAACUAUAAUUACUUAUCAAUACAACUAAGCAAUUCAUUCUUCUAAGAUAGAGUAUACACAUAAGUCAAUAAGAAUUAGUCAUUUCUUACAAUCAUGUAGUUAAUUAUACAUUUGGUUAUUAAGGAUGAACCUUGUCCUUCAUUUAUUUGAGAGGGCUUUGAAGCUUCGUGAGUUAAGGGAAGGUUUAUUGUAUCAUGUUAAAUUUUUUGGGAAUGCUCGAUAUCUUGGUAUAUAUCAAUUCCAAUUGCAUAUCUAGAAUAUUCAAUACUACUAAAAAAUCAAUGUCAAUCACAAACCCAAAAAAUUAACUCAGUAAUCGAUAAUACCAAAAUAAUGAUAAAUUUUGUGUGGUAUUUGAUGGAUCCCAAAAAGUUAAACCAAACUUCCACCCCUAGCUUGGAACAAUAUUUUGGAUAUGGCAAUCCUUGGGUUUUGGUCGCUGACUUUCCAAGUAAUGAUUAAUUACUAAUCAACUUAAAUCGCUACUCAUUAAAUAUGGAUAAAACUAAUAUGCACAUGGACAUGGUUAUAUGGAAUAACUAAGUAUUUUCAUCCCUUAAUGAGAUUUAAUAUGGCCAUUAAAUUUCGAUUACCCCUAACAAACCACUGUCCAAAUAAAAAAAACUACUAAUGAAUUAAAGUAGCUAAAUUAGCCUGACCACUAUUCACACGACCCACACGCAAGAACUUCAUGUUAUACUUCAUUAGUAGGCUUUGUUCUGGCCAAAUUAAUUAUGGUAUGUUCGUUGUCCAAGUUUAAAGGUCAUUACAUAUAGAAAUUUACACACACAAUGACUUACCACCUAACUGUAAGUUAAGUAUCUUUUUCAAAAAAAAUAUUUGUUAAGUAUCAUUAGAUUUGGUUCAAUCGAGAUUGGAUGAACAUCAUUAGUUGAUUUCAUUGUUAUAGCUUUUGUAAUGUGUAUCCAAAAAUUUGAAAAAAAAUAUUUAAUAAAAAAUUACAUUCGUAUCCCAAAGGUUAACAAUUAUUGAAAAACUUAUUUCGUAUUCUAAUAUCAUCAACCUUCAUUUAAAUUAAGAUAUUUUUCAAUUCUAAUUGACAUAUACAUUUUUAGAUAAGCCGCAACGAAGCACAGGCCAAUUAUCUAGUUUGACUAAAAGUAGGAAAACUGUGUUGUUUGGUAUCGUGUUUAAUUUCACUUUGUUCUUCGUUAUGUUCUGUUUUGUGUCCACCCGAGCGCUUUCGGGUUAGUUGGAACUUGGAAGCUUGGUGUUAGUAUUGCUGAAAGUUGGCUUUGUUAGUGGAGUCAUGUCAUGGAUGGUAGCAGAAGAAAUCAAGGGAUCGGGGGUUGGAAGAAAAAGGCCUAAGCUGCUCUACUGUACGUAAUGUUCCGUUGGUUUAAGCAAUAAGAAGCCCGCGCUGCGCGGCGGGAUUCAGAACUGUUGGAAUGAUUGUUUAACGGGUCAUUGGCUAAGCAAGAUUGAGAACGAUAACAUAUAUAAGCAUGCUACAAAAGAGACGAUGAGUACAUUAACCAUAAUGCUGGAGGAAAUUGCAAAUCCCUUAGAAGAAGAAAAAUAUGUUUCGCAUUAAUAUUCAACCUAGCUAGUACAAAGGCCAUAAUGGUCACUUAGACUUCCAUAAGGUAACGGGAAAAACAGAUGCACUUUGCCUUCUAAGAUCAGCUUGUUCAACUUAAAUCUCAAAGGACAUAAGUUCAAAAGGAAACUUGAUCCUUCCCCGUCUCUUCAACAAAGUCAAAAUAUAAGGAAUUCGAGAACUGGCAGGUCGAUUAGCUUGGUAAUGGAUCCUUUCUUCACUCACUCUUGGAAGGCAAAGAACAUGUGCAUCCACGAAGCUGGAUAAGGAGCUGCAGAUAGAUAAAAUUUAGGCCAAGUAAAAGCUGCAACCGUGAUUUAGGCAAUUCACAACGUGAAAGCAAUUAAACUGUACAUUUGGAUAGUGCAACUAACUUAUGCAAAUAAUUACAUCCGUGGAAAAUAUCACGAAAUGAAAACAUGAUCUCGUUUAAAAGAGCAAAGUUAGGUGGAAAGAUGAAUGCACGAAGUUUGGAUAUAUACCAAAAGGAUGUUUUCUUAAGCUCUAGCCAUUCUAAUCUCCAACGUAAAACAGAGUUCACAAAUUCACAAAUGAUUAGAUACUAUUCUGCAUGAGCUCUGCAAAAUAUCAACCCAUUUUCCUGGCAGGUAUUCUUGCUUAUGAAGAUAAACAUAUUAUGUUCCUCAUUAGAGAUUUCAGGAGACAAGGGAUCAAUAAAAAGUGCGACCAUUGAUUUCAUAUUAGACAUAGAAAAUAACAUAUAUUUAACCUAUAUUCUUCUCUCCAUUAGCUCUCUCACUCGUUCUAAUCCUAUCACGAUUGAAUUUUUUGACUCUCUGUUUCUCAUCAAGGACCAACGCACGGGGCGUGAACUUCAUCGUGGCUUUGCCGUGGACGGUCUUUACUCGCUUCCUCUCACUAUUUCUCGGCCUCUUUCCCCUAUUGCUUGUGUGGCUUCGUUUGAAACUUGGCAUCGUCGGCUUGGGCAUGCUCACGAACGUGCGGUCAAGCAAGUCCUUCACCAGCAUCAAAUAAAAUUCGAACAAUCACCUCCUUCUUUGUGUCAUGGCUGUGCAGUCUGUAAAAUCCACAAACUCCCUUUUUCUGCUUCCACGUUCACUACUCAAGCCCCUCUCGAACUCGUCUGUAGUGAUGUAUGGGGUCCUGCUCCUAUUUUGUCGUACGAUGAGCAAUCAUAUUAUAUUCUUUUCUAUGAUCAUUAUAGCAAAUUCUCGUGGAUUUAUUUUAUUCGUUAUAAAUCACAAUUGCUUAAUGUGUUUAUUCAAUUUCGGCAAUUAGUGGAAAUUUUUUUUGGCCUCCCCAUUAAAACCUUUCAAUCAGACUGGGGUGGCGAAUAUCAAGCUCUAUCCACUUAUCUCGCCCAAAAUGGCAUUGCUCAUCGCUCUUCGUGUCCUUAUACCCCCUGAACAAAACGGGUGUGCCGAACGUAAACAUCGGCAUAUCGUUAAUAACGGUCUUGCUCUUCUCCAUCACUCCAGUGUACCCUUGAAAUACUGGCCUCUUGCUUUCGACACAGCCUGUUAUCUAAUCAAUCGUACACCUACUCCGCUUCUAGCUCAUGAUUCCCCAUUUCAUUUUCUUUUUCAUCGCGCCCCCGAUAUCGCUAAUCUUAGAGUCUUUGGGUGUCUCUGCUACCCUUGGCUUCGUCCGCUCACUCCCAACAAAUUGGCUCCUCGCUCUGUUCCGUGUGUUUUUCUUGGGUAUAGCAAGCUCCACAAGGGUUAUCGUUGCCUUCACAUUCCCACUGGUCGGAUCUAUGUUAGUCGCCAUGUUUUAUUUGAUGAAGCUCGUUUUCCGUUUGCCGAGUUGACUUCCCCCUCUCCAUCUUUACCCACCCGUUCCACCUACCAACCCAUUUUGCUUCCCCCUCCACCUACAGCUCUUCCUGGCCCAUCACCCCCUGCCAUUUCCAAGCCCAUUAUAGCUAAUAUUCCCAGCCCAAAUCAUCCCUCUCCUACAACACUCCCACAUCCACCAUCCAAGCCUACCCAGCCCGAUACAUCGAUCUCGUCCCCCACACCUCGCCCUCUUCUUCAAUACACGCGCCGCCGUUUUGCCACCGCCCAACCUCCCCGCCCUGUAACGACUAUCCCCUCUCCCCCAUCUACAGCUAUCCAGCACUCGCCCUCGGCUCCACUUUCCCAUUCCUCCUCCUCACACCAGUCCAGCCAUCAAGCCCAAACUGACCCGCCCUCUCCAUCUACCAUCCUUCCAUCUCCCUCGUCCUCAAACCCUCCCUCUGGCCGAACACCAACAUCUCUGCCCCCUCGCCGCCCAAUCUCAGAUCGCCCUCCAUUUUCCACCUCCCCCAGACUACUCACUGUUACCCACCCCACGAGCUCCAACCAUCCCAUGGUAACCCGAAUCAAAACAGGAAACCUAAAACCCAAGACCUUUCUCUCUACUCUCCACAUCGAUGACACUCCAACUUCUGUCAAACAGGCUCUCAAGAACCCACUCUGGCGCUCGGCUAUGCAAGAGGAAUUCGAUGCGCAGCAACGCAACCGCACCUGGGACUUGGUCCCCCCGCCACCCAACUGCAAUAUUCUCUCCAACAAGUGGGACUACCGCUCCAAACUUCACCCUACUGGUUCGUUGGAUCGUCGCCGUGCCCGCUUGGUUGCUCGUGGUUAUGAGCAGAUUCCGAGCCUGGAUUUUCAACAAACAUACAACCCUGUCCUCAAGCCUGCAACGCUUCACCUAAUUCUUGGUCUGGAGGUAACUCAAGGAUGGCCUCUCCAUCAAAUUGAUAUCGCAAAUGCGUUCCUUCAUGGUCACCUGCAGGAAACAGUCUAUAUGCAGCAGCCAGCUGGCUUUGUCGAUCCCGACAAGCCCGAUUAUGUAUGUCGUCUACGAAAAUCGAUUUACGGUCUCCGUCAGGCGCCUCGAACAUGGUUUAGUUGUCUUGCUGCCGCACUCACCCGAUUCAGAUUCUCUGUUUCCAGAACUGAUCCGUCUUUGUUCAUCUAUAAGACUGGUCCAACUCGGGUUUAUAUGCUCGUCUAUGUCGAUGACAUAGUCAUCACAGGCAAUGAUUCCACUAUCAUCCAGAGGCUGUUCACAUUUCUCCGCGACAACUUUGCGCUUCGUGAGUUGGGCCCUCUAUCCUAUUUUCUUGGCAUUGAAGUGUGUCGCACGCCCACUGGUAUUCUUCUUCGGCAACGCAAAUUCAUACAGGAUUUACUUGAACGUGCUCAUAUGUCCGAGGCGAAUGCGAUCUCCACACCCUGCACAAAUGAGAUUGUUCAGCAGUCUGCCAUGUCCUCUUCCCCUCUGUUCACAGAUCCAGCUAUGUAUCGCAGUAUAGUCGGUGGUCUGCAGUAUCUCAGCUUUACUCGCCCCGACGUUGCAUUUGCGGCGAAUCAUGUUUCUCAAUUUCAGCACUCUCCGACGGAUAAUCAUUGGGCCGCUGUCAAACGGAUCCUACGAUACUUGACAGGUACUAUCGACCGUGGCCUAGUCAUCACCAAAUCUUCAUCUCUUCAUGUUCAUGGCUACUCAGAUGCCUCUUGGGCAUCUUGCCCACAGGAUCGCAAGUCUGUCACUGGGUUCGCUGUAUUCUGCGGAUCCAAUCUGGUUUCCUGGUCUACAAGGAAACAAAAGUCCGUUGCACGCUCAUCUACCGAAUGUGAAUAUCGUGCUCUUGCUACUCUUGCUUCGGAGGUCCUCUGGUUACAGUCCUUACUCACUGAAUUAGGACAGCAACUACCCUCAGCUCCAGCUCUUUGGUGUGACAACUUAGGGGCCACUUUCCUUGCUCAUAAUCCAGUGUUCCACAAUCGGUCGAAGCAUAUGGAAAUCGAGUUCCACUUUGUGCGUGAUCAAGUCAUCAAAGGACAGCUUCACGUGCAUUUUCUACCGGCUCCCGAUCAGCUAGCAGAUGUUCUCACUAAACCAUUACCUCGACAGCCCUUCAUCAAGUUCUGCUCCAAGUUUCGACUCUCCGAGCCUCAACUUGCGCGGGGGGGGGGGGGGGGGGGGGUGAUGAAGUGUACCUGCUUCCAGCCUACUAGGCUUCUUGUUAUUUGUUAACUGUGGAACGUUGUACUCCACCUUUAUCUCCAGCUUUCACUCUUUCUGUUACUUUCCUUCCGUUAAACACUCUGUUACUCUUGUACUAUAUAAACAUUGAGUUAAUAAUAGAAAUCUCAGGUCUUGAGUCUUUACACUACACACACCUCUCUCAUGUAAAACAUGGAUGAAAAGAGGAUAAUAAUCAUUUUUAAUUACAAUGAAUUUGUCCUAUAAAAUGAACUGAUGAUUUAUUUGUUGGGUAAAUACAAUGAAUUAGCUAAACCUUUCAAACUUUUCAAAUUAUUAGUCAAACCUUUCGAAAUACAAAAUAUUAUCAAAUUUUUUUUGUAACACUUCAAAAUAUUAGUCAUUUUUUUUUGCAGUUUAUUUUGUAUUUUAAAAGAUUUGGCUAAUAAUUUGUAAAAGUUGGCUAAUAAAUAAUUUUCACCAUGUUUUGUAAAAAAUGUAACUUUUUUUUCCAGCUUUCGCAGCAGUUUGAUUGAGAGGCGGUCUAGACUCUAGAGGGAUUGUGGCAUGGAAGGAUUGGAGAGUUCCUGAACUUCUGUUUAUGCCACCAACAUUCUGUCAUGUUCAGACUUUAUUGGUCCUAUGUUACCCUAUAUCUCGCUGAGCUAUAUGUGUUGCGGUCAAGAAUUAAGGGGUCUUUUGGUUUUGGUGAUAGUUCAAUCGAUGUGUUGUCAUCAAUACAUGCAUAAUAAUAUACAUGUAUAUAAGAAAAUUGGUGUGUUGUAGGGACAUAUUUGGAAGAAGAAGUAAACACAACAAUUUUCAUCAAACAAUCUCAAUGAAAACUUGAGAUUUAACUAUCACUCAUUUUGAGUGAUAGUUUGUGUCAAAUUAAGCAAACAAUGCAUGUAUUGUUUGCGCAGAAAAUUCAUAAAAACAAUGCAUUGUGGACAUUGCAUGCGUUGUAACUAUCUCAACCAAACUAUCACCGAAACCAAACGAACCCUAAAUGUGAAUGUUACCAUUUGGAUCAGGAUAAUUUUCAGUUAUAUUAAAUAACUAAAUAACAUAACGAGAGAUUUACUAGGAUAGUCAUAUGAUUUUAUUCAAACUAGAGAAUGCAGUUGAAUGGCUGAGAGGUGGGCAACAUGACAAGACUCUCCACGUAUUUCCCUUUUAUGUAAGGUGUGAGAGAGGAAUUAUUAAUACUCUCUAGCUCGUCUUUGUUGAAUAUUUUAACCAAGUAAUACAACUAUAGUAUUAAUCAUUUUCAAAAGCUCUAUCUUCAAUUUGCAUCCAUGAAAGUUUUGAGAAUCUAAGUCAAUCUUGGAGAAUUUCAAACAUCAUUGAUUGAAUAUUUUUAAUUAAGCGAUUCCCACUAUAAUUCGGAUUACCUCUAUAAGUUGUUACAAAUACCAUAUGAGAGUUUAGCGAGGUCUUCUUAUAAUUUACUAUUCGACAAGAUUUAUAAGAAAGUACCAAUUUUGAUGAGAUCGUCAAGAAAAAGUACAUUUUGGUUAAUAAAAUUAAACGUUUCAAGAUGGUUCCAAAUGUACAGGUCGUAGACAAACAUAUUAUGUCAAAUAUAAAUCAAAUGUCUAUAGGGAAUGAUCAAACUAAUAAUCCAUAAUAAUAAUAAUAAUAAAAAAGAAGAUAGUCAUAGAUAUCAGGAGAUUGUAUAUGACUAAUUAGUUAUUUCCGUGAUCUAUUGGUAAAAAAAAAAGUUGUUAUAUUUCCAUCAAAUAGUGGAGGAUUACUUAGUUAAAAAAAAAUGAGGAUGACUUUUUUAAGCAUGAAAACUAAGAUUAUUUGAAUAAAACAGUAGAAUAUUU